ACCGACGCCGAUAACAAGCAUGAAGGCGCAACUGACCAGUCGCCAGCCAGCUACAGUUCAUGUGCGGAUUUUAUUUUUUUUAUUUUUUCACACAGCGAUCAUAUGCCAUUCGCUGGCAUGCCACGCAGUGCGAGAACAUGAAGCUGGAAACUGGAUCAGAGUGGCACCACGCUGACCUCGUCACAAGCUCAUUGCUCGGAGAAGAAAAGUUUGCGUGUGUCCUGGUGCCACGGGAGGACAAAGAAAGCAUAGAAGAGACAAACGGCCAGUGUGAGCCGGGACAACGCUCUGCAGCGCCAACACAAACAAAGAUGCUACAGAGUGACACGGCUUGUUUGCUUCAGCUACAAACCUGACUUUGAUUCCCCCCAUCCGGCACCCUUCCCCGUAUGAUGUCAUCGGUCCUUCUGGCUGCCGAUUGGUCCGCGGUCGACAGGUGAGCAGCAGCUGCGAUGACAGAGGAAACCAGAACGGCAUUAAAGAUUGAACAGCUUCAGCUCGAUUUGAUGCUAGGAAGGCUGAGGACAAACCCCCUCAUGGAUGUCAACAGUCUCUUUCCCGGGCUGGAGGACUUUGACAAAAUCCGCCCGCCCGCCUACAGAGUCGCACUGAAGCUUGAAAGUCUACAGAACAUCUGCCGCAUGGAUGUCGUGUCGGCUCGCCACAUCGAGGCCGCCUUCGACUUGGGGUUCAGAGCCAAGCGGGGGCGAGAUUCUGUCCUGAGCAGGGAGCAAGUAACCCAGCGCCUGAACGGGAUGUUCCGGAGUGCCUCGCCGGAAUUUGCAGAUCGUUCCACUGUGGAGCCCACCGAGAAAUUAUGCACUCUUAUAUUUAGGAUGUUUGACAGGAACCAGUCGGGUCACGUAAGGGCGAUUUCUCUCCAUCUUGCCCUCAUCUGUUUAUCGGCGGAAACUCUCCUGCGGAAAUACGCUGCCCUGGCGCACGCAGCGGCAAGCGCUUCCGGAUCCAUCAAUAGGUCGUCUCUUAGAUCUGUGUUGGAGGAUGUCGACCAGGUUCCUGCACUCAUCCGAGAAGAGGGGCUGUUUGGCGCUGUUGAAGAGGCGGUUGAGUCGUGCUUUCGCGGAGUGCUGACCUCCACCGUAAGUUUGGGACAUGUGUCAUCAUGGCUGCAGAGUGAGCCUCGUUUGUUGCAAUGGCUACCUGUACUGUAUCGUCAGUUCAUAAGUCGGAAGGUCGCUCACGCCGUCCGCUGUCAUAUCUGCAAAAUAUUUCCCAUCAAUGGACUCAGGUAUCGCUGUUUGAAGUGUGUAAAAGUCCACGUGUGUCAGAGUUGCUUCCUGUCAGAGCGACACACGCGUAAACACAAGAGCCACCACCCAGUGAUUGAGUUCUGCACACAGCCCACCUGGCGAGAGUCUUUCUCGUCAAUGGUGCACCGUGCUCGUCACUUCCUGUUACCACGGCGAUAUACCCAAAGGGGAGCUGACGGGGCGAAAAGUCUAACGAGAGAAGAGGCAAAGGAGAGCCAUGAGAUGGCUCCACCUCUCCAUUUGGCUGCCGCUCCCGAGGAAUGCGGGAGCACCGCUUCUGCUGUUGGGGUGUCCCGUGAUUCCUCAAGAAAGCCUCGUUCCUCUUCGACGAAAGCCCAACAGACUGAUGAGAUGCUGCCGGAACAGAAAAAGGUUGGGUCAUCAUAGAUGUCGAUGCAUAGACUCGCCAAGUCAUGUAGCUUAAGUCUAAGUCAAGUCGAGUCUCAUGAAAAGCAAGACUAACACGAGCCGAAUCCCGGGUCUUAAAAUUGCCAACUUAAAUGUGACACGAGGCGAGUCAGCUUUCGCCCGUUUCAGUGUUCACUCGUACCCAUGAAUAUUCCCAUUCUUCAGACACUAAACAAGCUGGAACGACAACAACCUGCCGAUGAUGUGUCACGACACCAGAAUGAGCUGGAAAACACUGAGAAAGAAAACACGACACCCUCUUCAGACCUGGAGACGUGCGUGGUUGUAGAUAUAAAUGAAGAAUUCAUGUUGAAGACAAAUGAUGAGUGGGGCGAGAAAGACAAAAGUCCACUCCGGAUAAUAAACCGGGACAUUGCUUGGUCACAUGACAUCCAAGAUGAGGAGGCGAAUUGUGCAGGUGGCAGCCAUCGUUGUCAAUCGAUUGAACAAGAGGAUGUCCUAAUAACGGUGGAGGUGGGUGUGGCUGAUGAACAGAGUUCUGGAACUUGUCGUCCGGAAGAGUUGCUGCAGCAGACUGUGGACCGACUAAUAUGUGCCCUCGGGAGGAAGGAUAAACAAUCGGGCGAUAAGAGGUCGGCGCUGAUUGAGGCUGCAGACCACGUUGGAGACUCGUUACUCCACCUGGUGGACACCGUGAGACAAAUCCCCGGCUAAAUGAAGAAAGAAACGUUUUAAGCCGUCAACAGUGUCAAAGGCACUUUUGUCUCCGGGACCAAUUUCAAGUCGACUCAUCGAGCGACUUCUCUCUCUGUCCGCCCC